GGAUAAUUAGCGUACAGUUACUUUGCCCCAGUCGGAUAGCAAGUUCCGGAUAAUGUAACCGGUUCAGCAGUUACAUUUCACCUCGCCAACUAGUCGACAUGCCGCCGUCGGCCGGACUCCAUGGACUCACGCACUUGUUGGCAGGCGACACCGAAUGGCGCAACAUCCAAACGAUCGUAAAGACAACGUUGCAGGCUGUGGCCAAGAUUGUGUCCAGUCAUGCAGUCAUGUUGGACACCAUGGAUGCCCGCAUCGAUCGGAUGCAAGAUGCGGCGUUCACGGCACUGGCGCCCCCACCUCACAUCAGCAACAACGACGACGAUGCGUCUAUGGUCGUCUCGCGCAAGGAGUUUCUUGCAUUAGUAGCAGACGUGCGCAAGUUGAAAAAGCGGUCCGUAUCGCCGGACGACCUCGAGGCUCGAGCGGUGGCCAGUGGCAACGAGCUCAAGCGACGCCUCGACCACGCAAUCACACCGUUACAAGACACAAUUCGAGACAUGGAAGAAGUCUUGCUAAAGCAGUUCAUGGCACAUGCAAACUCUUCAUUUGCGUCAAACGAAGCGUUGAGACACGUCCAAGACGACGUCACUGAGCGCUACGCCGCCAAAAUGUCCAAGAUAGAACAGCAUAUGGCCACUAAAGGUGAUCUGCACGCGUUGGAGCAACGAGUUAUGACAGACACAAAGGCGCAACAUCGAGCACAAGCUUUGCAAGUCAAAGACACGAUAGGUCACUUGGAGAAAGGACUUCGAAAGCACUUGGCCGAUCAACUGGCUGUCUCUCGCGAUGACUUGACCAAAUUCAAGGCACAACUGGAUCAAUCGUUGGCAGCUACGUCGGCAGAAUGCCAUGCUCAAGUGAGGCAGCGUGCCAUGGCGUCCGACGUGAAGGUCGUCUUGGCAGCAAAGGUUGACAGGGACGAGUUAGACUCGAGGGAGAAGCAAGUCGAGGACCGAGUGGGGGGUCGCCUGGAUGGGGUGCUCCAGCAGGCGGUCAUGGAGUGGAAACAUGAAGUGGCGACAGCACUGCAUAAAAAAUGUUUCAAGGCCGAUGUGGCCAAGCUCUUGGCGCGCAAAGUGAACCGAGAGGACGUCGACGCGGUGCUUGCCGACAAAAUUACCCGCGCAGAGCUGCAUGAAUCGAUACGAGAUGCCAUCACUUCUAUGCAAAUCGAAUCCAAGCAAGAGCUGCGGCAUGUGCAGCACGUAUUAGAAGCAAAAUUGCACGACCACGGCGACAUGGUCACUCAACAUAUGCGAGAUUUGCAUGAACAUGUGCAGCAUGCAGAUGGAUGGACAGAGGCGCUGGAAGACCUUCGGAGUAAAGUCGUGGUCAAGAUGGGCAUCAAGGACGCGUGCACGCUAUUGGACACCAAGUGCAACGUCGUCGACGUCAACGACGCACUGGGGGCCCUGCAGCAAACGAUUCACACCAAAGCCGACGAGGGCGAUCUGCAAGCGCUGGUGGAGGACCUCACGGGGCUUCGCAAACAGAUGCGGGGCGAAUUGUGUGUCGGGCGUUGGAUCUGGAAAACCGGGCGACCCACGGACCGCCACACAAUUGCGUGGACCGUCCAAGUGGUCAACACGAACCCGGACGUGUUUGCAUGGGAUAAGGGGUCUGACCACGUCACAGCGAUCAUCCCGGGGCUGUAUCAGCUCCAAGCGAGUUUCUUCACGGACUACGCGCCGACGCUGCAAGUGUUGGUCAAUGGCGAGCCCGCUUUGGUCCUAUCUGGGGACAAGGGCGACAGCCAAGCGCCAAACAACUGCCAGCAUCAGCGGCGGCGGCGGCGGCAUGCCGCGGGAAACGUGGCCGGAAUCACAUUGUGCGAAUUUCUGGCGCUGCCUCCACGGGCCACUGUAUCCAUCACGUACGACAUCGACGAACGGGCUCAAGGGUUCCUCACGCUGCGGAAAAUGUAGUCGUCUUUGAAGUAUAAUAAUAAUUGUAACAAUGUAUUAAUACCACUAACGUUAG